AUUGUGGCUCCGUCAUUUUUCUUUCUCAUACUGGGAGCGCUCAUGACAAGUGUUAUCCCGCAUUACUACGCCAUAUGCAUCCAGCUUGUUGCAACAUUAGACGGCACAAGGGCAAAGGUAUUCCAAGCUUUGACCGGGCUUGUCGUUUCGAGUACACUGGGUGCGUUGUUCACUGGUUGUCGAGGAAGCUUAUUUUGGAUCGCGGGAAGUCGAGCGAACUACAAUAUUCGGGUCAAGCUACAUCGUAGUCUUCUAUUGCAGGAAGCUGCUUUCUUUGACUCCAAUGAGACCGGAUAUUUACUCAGCCGUCUGAAUAGCGAUGUAAACAAGAUUGGAAUGGUGAUAUCUUAUCAUGUCAACGUCGUCUGUCGUCAGUUGGCACAAUUUAUCUUUGGGAGUGCGUACCUCAUCAGAAUUUCUCCAAAGUUGUCUCUUUGGACUUUUGCUGGAAUUGGUCUCGUUGCCUGGCUCUCGACUAUCUAUGGUGCUUUCAAUCGUGUGUUGGCGCAGCGUGUUCAGGACACCUUUGCGGACGCGACUGCCGUGGCGGAGACUUCGUUCUCCAUGUCGGAAACGAUUCGUGCCUUUGACGGAGUGGCCGUUGAGUCAAAUAAGUACGAGACGGCGCAGAGCAAAGCGUUAGAUCUUGAAGAAACGCAAGCAUGGGGAUACGGAACGCACAAAUUUGUCUCAGACACUUUGCAAGGAAUUUUGCAAGUACUCCUACUUUUUGCUUGUUGGAGUAUUGGUCGAACAGGAGGCUUACCCGCUGCUCAAUUGACGACCUUUAUGUUCUACACCAAUUUUGUGCUCGAGUCAUCCAAUGAAGUCGGUGAUCAAUGGGCAAAAAUUCAAGGCGCGAUCGGGGCGAGUACCUCUGUAUUUGAUUUGAUUCGAAGACUGGCGUUGCCCUCCGUCGAUCAUUCUGUAAAACAUUUAAAUGGCUCAGAAUUGACGCCAAUUAUCAACAUUCACAACAUGACACUAAAGUACAGUGCAAUGGACUUACCCGCGCUGGACUGUAUCGACCUAAAAAUCGACGAAGGCGACCGAGUUGCAAUCGUUGGUCGAAGUGGUAGUGGAAAGUCUUCCAUGCUCCGCGCUAUACUCAGGUUCUACGAUCCAACUUUUGGAUCGAUUCAACUGGAAAGAACUCUUCUGACGGAAAUGUCAAGGAAGGAUAUUGCCUCCAAGGUCUCCAUCGUUUCACAAGAGCCGAGUUUGUUUCCUAUGAGUCUAAUGGAGAAUAUCUUGUACGGUAUUGAAAAGGACGCCGUUGAUCCGAAGACUGGUGAGCAAUGCUACAGUGAUGCUUAUCGGGAGAGGACAUCCAAAUCGUUGGAGCUUGCUGGUCUCCCAGUGCAGCCGGGGAAUGAUUUAAACCUUUCACUUGAUACAAGGGUGGGAGAUGGUGGACGUUCCCUUUCCGGCGGUCAGCGUCAACGGGUUGCUAUCGCACGUGCCUUGAUUCGGCAUCCCGAAGUACUUUUGUUGGACGAACCGACAGCCGCCUUAGAUUCCCAAUCUGAAAGGGCGGUGGUUGAAGCCUUGCUGCGAGCGAUGGAGCGCUCAAAGAGUAUGGUGAUGGUGACACACCGACUAGGUGUGGUUCGCUCAUUGAAUGUGAAUCGAGUAGUGGUUAUGGAAAAAGGGAGGAUUGUGGAAACGGGUCAUCCCGAGGAAUUGCUGUGCAAAGAGAAUGGCUGGUUCGCUAAUCUGGCCCGAGAACAAGGGAUUGUGUCCGCUCAUAAGUCGACCACAGCAGUAGAAGAAUACCCUUAAAAAACUUCUUCUCUACAAACUCU